AUGUCGGUGUGUUUGGACGGCUCAACACUUUCAUCUCUGCUGUUUAGCCAUUUAAACGGUGCAAAUCAGUAUGGAUUUCUGUUAGGGGAGAAGAUAGAGCACAUUGAAGACAAAAUAAGUGAUUCUCAAAUCCAUACGUAUGACAUUAAUUCAUAUCUAUAUGUGUCCUCAUUUAUCCCAUGGCCAAGCCAGCAUUGUAUUUACAAUAGGGGAGGAAUUAUCGACAAUGAAAGAAUGCAGUCCUUUCUUUCAAGCAAAGAACAGAACAUAAUAGGCUGGUACAGUUUUCGACACAAUUCAACUUCAAGGCCAUCACUGAGAGAAACAAACCUACAUAACAACUUGGCGGUGACAAGUAGCUUUACUGGUCAGUCUGAGGACUUUAUUUUCUUGCUGUGCACGUCUUCAUCAUCGGCAGAUAUGUCCAUUCACACUUGCAGCUACGGCUUCAUGCAAAAGACAGAUGGAACUUUUCUGAAUCUGCCACUGACUGUGAUGAACCUGGGUGAUACAACAAGGAAAGAGUACAGAAAGAAAAGCAGUACAACACUUUUUCAGAGCCAGACAAUAUCUGGAGUAUUACAGAGUUCUCAGAAAGAGUUUAUGAAGUCUUCUGGGGAGAUGGAGCAUAUAGUCAAAGUCAAUCAUCUGGAACAAUCCUUAAACAAAUCAUUAAUGGAUGCGCAUAAUAAGAUAACUGAAAGUGAGAAGACCCUUGGCUCGCUGGAAAUGGAUGUUGCUGGUUUGAGACAACAGCUGCUCCUCUUAGAGCAGGAAGAGGCAGAGAUUAUGUUUCACAAACAAGAGGAAAAGAGACAGUGUGAGUUAGAAGAACAAAGAAGACAUAAUGCCCAAGUGGACGCUGAAGAACAAAAAGAGCUUGAAAAGCUACUUAUAGAUUUAGGAGUGUCUUCUAAUGAUGUCCUGUGUAAUAUCCAGCCAGAGUCAUUGACAGUGGAGAGCUCUACAGGAGACCACGGUUCUGCAAGUGCUCACAUUGUGAACAAGGCUCUGUCUGUUCCUAAGGAACGUGCCUUUGUUAAGAACAAUGACACAAAUGCUAAUCGUGUAGCAGACAGUAGGUCUGAUGUGGAUCACCGUCGAUACAUGAAUUAUGAACAAGAACAAUGUACCAACAGCGAUGACGUUUAUGCUCAUAAACCUAGACAUACAAGAACAGUGAAAGAUAACUUGGUGGAUACGUUCUCCUUCGUGGAAGACGAGUUGAAAUUUCACCAGAGUACUGCAGCCAAGAAACAACAGUCAUGUGCAGUCAGAAAUGCAGGCGCUACUGUGGCACAAGAUCAGGGAAGUGGUAAAGGGCUGAUAAUAAGUUCUCAUGAAAACACGCAGUAUAAAGAUAUAAAAUAUACAGGAGUAAAACCAAUACAAACCACACAUAACAAUCUUCUUCACCAAGACACCGGUGAUAACACAUAUGGAGUACCUAUAAGUGAUGCAUUAGGAGACCUAGUGGACCUUGAAAGACCACAGCUAGAUCCUGAUGUCUGUGUUGACAGACACGCUACAUCUUCCCCAGUGUUUUAA